AUGACACUAUGUGAGUUGUUCUCUCUUGUUGCUAAACUCAAAAUAGUUAAGUCUUCUAGUGCUGUUGACCUGAAGAACAGAGCUUGCGCCUUCUUUUACAGAGCGCUCGUUGUGUGUCACGGUGCAGACCAGACGUGGAAUCGGUGGACUGAGGACUAUAAUCAACACAUCAAUGGACCAACCCAUGGAAGACGCUGCCAACUACUUCUGGAAAUAUAUCCUGAGUGGAAUCCUGAUGCUGGCCGUGGAAGGGGUGAUCCUUUUAUGGUGCAUCAAUCCACUAACCCAGCACCAGGAAUUUUGGGACCUCCUCCCCCUCCAUUCCAUAUGGGAGAUGACGGUGGACGUGGGGGUUUUAGAAGACACCCAGGUGAAGACAUGCCAGGACCACGACACAUGCAAAAGCGAAGAGAGGGGGCUGGUAGAGUUGUUCAUAUAAUGGAUUUUCAGAGAGGAAAGAAUUUAACAUAUGAGAUUCUACGCCUUUGUGAGCCAUUUGGCGUUAUAAGAAAUCAUCUUAUUCUAAAUAAAAUUAAUGAGGCAUUCAUUGAAAUGGCUACUUGGGAGGAGGCUGUGACUGUUGUGGAUUUCUACAUGUCGCAUCCUGCACUAAUAUUUGGAAAACCAGUUAGAGUUCAUUUGUCUCAAAAAUAUAAAAGAAUUAAGAAACCAACCGUGAAGCCUGAUCCAAAAUUUGAUUCAAAAUUUGAACCAAAACAAGAUGCUGGGAAAGUGAUACAUUUGAGCAACCUACCCCAUUCUGGUUAUUCUGAUGGAUCAGUUAUCAAACUUGCUGAGGCAUACGGAAAAGUUAAAACCUAUAUUUUGAUGAGAAUGAAGAACAUGGCCUUUAUCGAAAUGGAAAAAGCAGAUGAUGCCAGGGCAAUGGUUGACCUUUGUUCGAAGAAAACUCUCUAUUUCCAGGGGAAGGCACUGAAGGUCGACCUUUCUGAAAAAUACAAAAGGCUUGCUCUGAGAUUUCCAAAUAAGGUAGCUGAACAACUUCAGAAAGAAAAGAACAGAAAAAGAGCACAUUCUCCAGAUCGCAAAGAUGGUGCAAGUGAUAAGAAAUCUGCUAAAGUAGAAGGUAGCAAUGGUGAAAGCAAAGGUUCUUCCAAAGACAAGACUUCAACAAAUGAGGAGUCCUCUCAGAAAAAGUCAGGGGAGCAAGAUGAUCAGAAAGACUCUGUUGUUGCCAUUUUGUUGGAGAAUGAGAGCGAGCUUAUAGGGGAGGAGGAGGAGGAAGAGGAGGAAGCGGCCGCUCUCAUGGAGACUAGUAGUUCUGUUGGUGAUGAAACUGAUCAGCAGGACUUAAGUGACCUGACUUCAAUGGAAACGGAUGCAGAUAAAACUACAAAGGAAGUAGUCAGUACAUCAGUAAAAGGAAAACAAGACAAGCUGAAAAAGGGUUCACAUGAGUUUCCUGGUAAUAUAGAAGACUUUGUUACCUUGGACGAAGUUGGAGAUGAAGAAGACCCUGAUGGUCAAAAGGUUAAAUCUGGCUUGGUGAACAAGGGCAUUAAAGUUGUCAGUUCUGUUGAAAUGAUGAUGGCAAGCACAAGUGUUGAUGAGCCUGAACAUGAAAAUGAAGCUACAGUGGUGAAGGAACAAGAUGAAAAGCAACAAGUUAAUCCUGAAUGUGUAGAGUCUGAGACCGGUGAAAAUGCCACCAAUACAUCAGGGCCUAAAGAUUAUGUAAUUGGGCCGUAUCAGCCUAAUAAUCCUGUUGGUGUUGAAUAUGUGAUUCCAAAGAAUGGCUAUUACUGCAGACUGUGCUCACUUUUCUACACAAAUGAAGAGGUCGCUAAGGUUACGCACUGUAGCACUUUAUCUCACUAUCAGAAACUCAAGAAAAUCCUUGGAAAGAUGGCAAAAAAUCAAAAGAAGGACUGACUGAAGAUGUCAAAGAUGUAAAGAUUUGUGAAGGUU